CAAUGCUAUAAAAGUUGAUAAAAAAACUAUCAACUUUAUAAAACUCAUCAUAAAAAAAUAAAUGAAAUUCCUUAAAAGAACACCCCUAAUUCUUCAAUAAUUUAUCCUUUACUUCUCCGUACAAGUUCUUUUUGAGCUCCCGAAACGUCGCCACGUGUCCCCAUCUCUCUCUUUAUCAACGCUCCUCCAUUCCAAUUGAUUCCACAGCCAUGAAUCCAAACGGCUGCAUUCUGAUCUUCUGCUGCGUUGUCUCGAUUCCUCUGCUCUUCCUUCUCUUUCGCCGGAGUCAUCGCGGAGAAGGCAGAGAUGGCCAAUGCAAAGCCAAGCUCCCGCCGGGGCCGCGGCCGCUGCCGAUCAUCGGGAACCUGCACCAACUGGGCUCCGCCGCCCCCCACCUCGCCCUCUCCGCACUUGCCGCCGAACAUGGACCGCUCAUGUACCUCCGCCUUGGUUCCGUCCCCACGCUGGUCGUCUCCUCCGCCGCCGCCGCUCGCGAAGUCUUCAAGCACCACGAUCUCGCCUUCUCCGGCCGCCCGGCGCUGUUCGCCGCCACCAAGCUCAGCUACGGGCUCAACGACGUCACCUUCUCCCCGUACGGCGAGUGCUGGCGCCAGGCGCGCAAGCUCUACAUGGUGGAGCUGCUGAGCGCAGCGCGCGUGCAGUCCUUCCGGGCCGUCCGGGAAGAGGAGGUGGCCCGUGCCGUUGCCUCCAUACGCAGCCAUCCAUCGCCGUCGCCGGUCAACCUCAGCAGGAUGAUGCUUGUGCUGGCGAACAACAUCGUGUGUCGCACCGCGUUCGGCGGCGAUGGCAGAGGGAACAACGACAUCGACUGGAUUCUCGCGGAGGCAGAGGAGCUGAUGGGAAGGUUCUGCGCCGGCGACUUCUUCCCCAGGCUGCGGUGGCUCCACAAACUCGACGGCCUGCAGGCGAGGGUGGAGAAGGUCUUUAAUCAGCUGGACGAUCUCUACAACAAAGUGAUCGCAGAGCACCUCGCCCGGGAGGAUCACGACGAGGUCGACAUGGUCGAUCUAUUGCUCCGACUACACCGGAAUCCGACAGACAAAAAUAUCAUCAGGGGCAUGGAUCGUGUCAAGGCUCUUCUAAUGGACAUCUUUUUGGCGGGAACCGGUACCUCCUCUGCCACGAUCAUUUGGGCAAUGGCGGAGCUGAUGAGGAACCCUAAAGUCAUGGAGAGAACGCAGAAGGAGCUCAGACAGGCCAUGGGAGACAAGGCCAAGGUCGAAGAGUCCGACCUCGGAAACCUCGACUGCCUGAAAUUGAUCAUCAAGGAAGCCCUGAGAUUGCACCCGCCGGUCCCUCUCGGGAUUCCCCGCGAAACCACCGAGCGGUGCAUCGUAGGGGGCUACGAGAUCCCGGUGGGAAUGAGAGUGUUCAUCAACUCCUGGGCCAUCGGCAGAGACCCCGAAGGCUGGAGCGACACCGAGGAAUUCCGGCCAGAGAGAUUCUUGGGCGGCGAGGUUGACUUCAGGGGGAACCACGACUUCUGUUUUCUCCCCUUCGGAACCGGCCGCCGGAGCUGCCCGGCGAUCAAUUUCGGAGUGGCGGUGGUGGAGCUUGCGCUGGCGAAUCUCUUGUAUAGUUUCGACUGGGAACUGCCGUCGGAGGUGCAUGAAUUGGACAUGGAGGAGACAUUAGGAAUCGUCGUGCACAAGAAGAACCCUCUUCAUCUACUUGCUAAACUGCAUGUUUGAUAACUGUAUUGCUUCACUAUCUAUCAUAGUUUGAUUAUUAUAUUAUUCGUACGAUUGUCAAAAUAGUAAAUUUGGUGU